AUUGUUUCCGCGCCCGGGUGGGGAGGCCGAGUGGCGACGGGCGGGCGGGAUGAGCGCGGCGCGGACGCUGCGGGUGCCGGGUCGCCACGGCUAUGCGGUCGAGUUCUCUCCGUACCUGCCGGGCCGCCUGGCCUGUGCCGCUGCGCAGCAUUACGGCAUCGCGGGCUGUGGAACCCUAUUGGUAUUGGAUCAAAAUGAAUCUGGACUCCAGAUUUUUAGAAGCUUUGACUGGAACGACGGCUUAUUUGACGUUACCUGGAGUGAAAACAAUGAACACGUCCUUGUCACCUGUAGCGGUGACGGCUCACUGCAGCUCUGGGACACUGCCAAAGCCACAGGGCCUCUCCAGGUCUAUAAAGAGCACACUCAGGAGGUGUACAGUGUUGAUUGGAGCCAAACCAGAGAUGAACAACUUGUAGUGUCUGGCUCCUGGGACCAAACUGUCAAAGUGUGGGAUCCAACUGUUGGAAAUUCUCUGUGUACCUUUAGAGGCCACGAGAGUGUCAUUUACAGCACAAUCUGGUCUCCCCACAUCCCUGGUUGUUUUGCUUCAGCCUCAGGUGAUCAGACUCUGAGAAUCUGGGAUGUGAAGACCACAGGAGUCCGAAUUGUGAUUCCAGCACAUCAGGCCGAAAUCCUGAGCUGUGACUGGUGUAAAUACAAUGAGAACUUGCUGGUGACAGGUGCGGUAGACUGUAGCCUGAGAGGCUGGGACUUAAGGAAUGUGCGACAGCCUGUGUUUGAACUUCUUGGUCACACGUACGCCAUUAGGAGGGUGAAAUUCUCACCAUUUCAUGCCUCCGUGUUGGCCUCUUGUUCCUAUGAUUUCACUGUAAGAUUCUGGAAUUUUUCAAAGCCUGAUCCACUUCUGGAAACAGUGGAGCAUCACACAGAGUUCACCUGUGGCUUAGACCUAAGUCUCCAGAGCCCCACUGAGGUAGCUGACUGCUCCUGGGAUGAAACCGUAAAGAUCUACAACCCUGUCUGUCUCGCAGUUCCCGGUUAAGCCACGCUGCUGUGGUCAGAACAGACACUGACUGAUGGGCUACUUAGCAACAAACCGUUAACUACUGAAAGGAUAGAGCUAGGCCUUUAUAUGUACUGAGAUUUCAGAAUUCUCAGACUUACAUCGAGAUCAGUUUUGAGGCGUCUGAUAAAGAUAUUGUAUCAUAUUGUAAUCCUGGUACAUAAGCCAUGUUUUCUGGGAUCCUAAAGAAUAAUUGUUAUGAUAUAUCUUGUAAUGACUAUUAAAAUGUUAUCUCUGUACUGUAACAUUACAUAAAAUAUGGGAGGUUAGAUUACACGGGCGGUAAUAUAUUUUAUAUUUUAUCAUUAAUAUAUCAUUUUGGAUGUAAAAUAUAAUCAUCCUGCUGAUAAAAAUCAAAAUAAACUGCAUUUCUUGAUCA